GAUUCCGUGGUUUUGCAACAUGGCCGCCGACGGCCAUGCUCCGGGGCGGAAUAUUUUCGAAGCGUUUCUGUCGUUGCUAAAAUCGGAAAAAGCGAGAGCCGUGCUCGCGUACCUAAAUGAUCUCAGGUUCAGCUCAAAGUUGCUCAAGCGGAACUGAGAUGCUUCGGACUGAUUAAACGUACGCAUGUGACACCCACUUUAUGCUCACACACAAUCUUCACGUGAUCUCCUUCCGAUUGUCAGAUACAAUUACUUACUGGUUGGCAGAUUUCCAUAGCUCUAUCUAUCUAUUCUUUACUUGCUCUGUGCAAAAGCAAAGUGAAGUAUCAUGUUUACUUCGAAUGAGCUUCACACUGGGAUUCCCAGCUUUCGUUUUCAAAGAAUUCAUGAAAUAGCUUGUAACUGUUACUGUUUUCUUUUAUUUGCGCCGAAUACUUCUUAGGACCAUCUCACCCUUCAUUCGUUACAAUUCCAUUGGUUUUUCGUCUUCCACUAUUCUCCACCCCCACUCUCUUCUGUGCGUGCCAUUGGGUCAGUUUUUCUUGCGUUUGCCGCUACUAGGGCAAAACUAUCCUUUUUAUUUUCCUCCAUAUAGAAGAAGACAAUGUUUCCACAACAAACCGAUCCACGUCGGCCGACUCGGAAUCUAUCUGCACUGCCACGAUCACCUCCCAUAACGCGUCCCCAUGGAUAAAACCUGAGGGAGAGGAGAUUGCGCUAUCUCCUCCCUCUCCCAUCCCUCCUGUGACCCCUACUCCAGUGGAGUCCACUCUUCAUGCACCACCAACACCACAUCUCCAUCCAUCAAGUCAAUCACUUUCUGUUGCACCAGAUAAUCCCACUUCGCCGUCCGAACCAACAUCCUGCAGUCCGCAUUCGGCCCCGCAGAAUUCGGAUAGGCCGAAUGACUGUUCUCUCUCCUGCAACCCUAUAGUGCCCUCCCUGCAAAUCGCCUCGGUUAGUCAUAGACCGUCUUCAAUCCCCAACCCCGUGUCCACGCUUGCUCCCACUCCGCCCACUUGCUCGAUUUGGACCAGCGGCAGCUCAACUGUCCGCAUUUCCAGCGCAAUAACCCUAUGCGCUGCGACAAAUUCGGCAUCUCCUGCUUCCUCUGACACAAUUCUAACUCCUAGUUCCGCGCCAUCACCUCGAUUGACACCGCCCGUUGAUGAUUUCCUUGCACACGCAUCCCGGUUCAAUUUGUCUUUCGGCUGCUUAGACGAUCUAAUACCCCUAAACGAUCCAAUUCGUUCCGCUUACAUCAAUUUUAAAUGUUCCCAACUUCGAUAUCCCCUCCCACUGGCUGUGGCCAUGUCCAAAAUAUGUGACCCGUCCAAAAUUCCUUCAAUUCCCUCCACUUCUGAUCCCAAGCCGGCUCCCACCUCUCAGCCAUUUUUAGCCCGAAAUUCCCCGUUUGCCAAAAGUCGCCGACCUGACCAAGGGUUUUUAGAGAUCGAUGCUAGUCACUUCACUCUCACUCCAUCAGCAGCCUCACUUUCACCAAAUGCUCAUGUCUCUCUGCCGACUCCUGUUGUGAAACCUCGCACGAAAGCGCAAUUACGAAGCUUGUAUCGUGACAGUAACUUUGAGCAAGCUGCGGUCACAAGUGCUCCGGGUGGUGCUCAGCGUAGCGCACAGAGCGUCUCCGAAAACCCGACCCCUCGCAGAGCUGUCGCCCGUCCAGUGUCCCGGUAUCGACGUUCCGGUGCCGCGCGCGGUCGUAGGCCCUCCGGAUCAAGAUCCACUGAUACACCCUCCUUCGCAUGUGAAAGAAUGCAGGAGCAUCAAGUGGAACGCAGGAUGUCUCCCAUCCCCGAGUCUCGUGCUACCACAUCUGCGCCUGUAUCUACUCCCCAACGAAUGGCACCUUGUGCUGCUGCUGCUGCUGCUGCAUCCACUGAUCCCUUCUCGGUCAUUGUCGUGGAUGAUGAUCAGGAACACGAAGGCGGGGAUCCCACGAGUGGAAGUGAGAAGCAAUCGCAUUACUACUCCCGGUACACUGCGUUCAGCGACCCCUUCGGACUGGAGACUCCAAAGGAAAGCGAAGCGCUCAAUUCGCUCGUUGAUCGUCUCAGCUUCAAUGGGAAAAGCCUCACUUUCGACGAUCUCGCUGUGGUGACACUCAGCUCACAAGAUUUGACUCCACACCUGGAUGGGGACUUAUCCCGCCGUCCCCAUUUGAUCAGCCUACAACUUCCUUCCGAUCGGGAACCCCGGUCUUCGUGUUAUUUGCUCCUUGGUGAUGUUGCUCGAAUCAUCUGUCUCCUCGAAGCGAAUCCCGCUUGUGAAUUCUGUUUAAGUCCACUGCUUAGACAUUGUCGCCGCUCUAAGUAUCUAUUUUGGGUGCGCCAUCUAUGUAUGCGAACUCCCCUGCACACGUUGCACUUGGGAUCACUGACGGUGAACCGACGAGGCUUCGAUUGGACCAACCCUGAAUCCAAGCAGCAGUUAUUCCUCAUCGCUUGGCCGUCGUGUACUUUAUCCGAGAAUUCACUAACAUUGGCGUCUUCCCAGCUGCCCCCGGAGUUCAACUGGCGUACAUCUGCUUCAAAAUUUGCUGUGAUGAAGGCUGUGAGUAAGAUUUUGCUAGGCGAACCCGUGAGACGUGCGGUUAGCAAUCAUAGCAGUUUGAAACGACUCCUCACCGGUGUGGAUUCUCCUAAACAGGUAUGUCCUCCCACCAUUCCCACCGAACAUACAAACGCAUACAAGGAGAAUUCCCCUGAUGCAGACUCUCAGGACGUUUGGAUCUCAUCCUUACCCACUUCAUUCCGAUCAUCAAAAAUCGGUCAGGUGUUUACAAAGUAUGAAGUUGCUAGCCUCGGGCACAUCGUGGGGUACCUACGCGUUAUUUGCCAAGGUUUGUUCGUUAAUCAAGAAGCACGGUUAACGACAAAGUCCGCUACCGAAUCCGGUUUAAAUGAUCCAAAUAUGUCCUCUAAUCUGUUCACCUGCAUGUUCGAUCUGCAUUCUACUUUGUCAGAUUCAUUGCGCUGUCUUCGCGACUCCUAUGCCUCGCUUGUCUCUGCUGGGUCUUGUCUCACAGCUCGAUACGCUUUGUCUGUGUCCCCGAAUGUGGACAGUGAACAGCUUCGCAUCGAGCGUGGCCGCGCUCGGUUGUUUGCCACCGAUGGUGCUGCCCGGUUAAAUAUUGCACGCAUUCUAAGUGAAGUGAUUCAUCCGACGCUGUGCAAGCUGACAAUCAAACUCGGUGCCAUUUCCAAAUUGUUUCAUUUCAUCUUACACGAUUCGCUUCUCUUGGGCCCGUUUGCACAAAAUAGAUCGCGAGCAACUCCUCACUCAGAAUCUGAAGCCAUUCGCCACCGUAUGGUGUGUGUUUUGUCCGAAGGUACGAAAAAAGCAAUCAUGACAGAUGGCAACCACAGAGACCUCCUCCGUCUUUGCUGUCGUACAUUUGAUUGCUUAGAGAAUUCUCUGGCUCCGUUCAUUCGCGAACUGUCCACGGAGCUACGUAUCUUCGAAACGCACUUUUUGGUAACUAAAAGGACACUUGCGCACUCAUGGAUGCCGGCGUAUACCUACUCACUAUCAUCAGUCGAUGCAAGGGCUAGCGAGGAUUUGAAAUUUCUUGCUUCCAUACUGCAGUCACAGUACGACGUUCUUGAGGCAUGGAUACGUGUACAACACAACUCAGUUAUACCUGUGAUGGGACAGCAGCUGCUGGAACUGUUUCACUCCAUCUUUUCCGCAGAUGACGGCGUGCCCAAUUUGUGGGAUUGGCGGCUGCCUAAUACACGCUUAUAUUCUCCUUAUGGAUCGAAGAACACAGAGGAGUUGAACAUGCGAGUGAAACCAGUAGCUUGCACCCCGCUUCCUGAAUGGCCUCCUAUCAUAAUUCAUCGGGCUGAUACAGUGCUCACUGCCACCAUACCGUCUGAAGAGCUAUCCACGCCCGUAUCUUCGAUGGUUGCUAUCGUUGCGACCAGUGUCGCUCAUACACAGCCGCCGGUAUGCACCGAGGCGAUUUCAUCACAAAUCCCCGGAGAUCCGUUAGACACUGAGGGGGUAACUUCAGACACAGACUGCGUCAUGCUGGAACCUAGCGAUUCCGAUCCCCCUCAGGUUUCAGACAAUUGCAACGGAACAAUCGGUAAUUCGAGUUCGACAAAACGCAUUUGCAUUUACGUGCCCAAACAAUCGGAUGGCGAGUUUAUUUUUAGCACAUCAAUCCGCUCCAACAAUAGCGAUGAAGAGGCUGGCAUGGCGUGUGUUGAUUCCAGUGGAACUGCUCUAAUUGAUCGUCGUCGAUUGGGAAAGUUAAAACGAAAAAUGAAAAUAACCCAUUCCGCAUUCACAAAUCAGGCCGAUAUUGAACUCGACCAGACUGACAAUUCAGGUGUCGAAAACGGACGGUUAAAUUCGUCGUCACCCGCUCCCGUGAUCGACAUAGAUGGGGACUCUUCACCAAAGAAUCUACAUUCUUUCGAAAAAGACAUACAUUCUGAUAUAGCGUCUCACAUCCAAACGAGUGAUGUUUCUGCUUGUUCUUCAAUUGUGAAUGACAACUCAGUCGGCCCUGCAGCAGAGUCCGACGGCAUCGCUUGUGCUCAUUUGGGACCAGCGGAAUCUUGCGCGCAUUCUCCACCGAGUGAGCCGAAUUCAUGGAACUUGACUGAUGCUGAACUCAGUUGUACAGAUCCCAAAGUGACAAGCGCAUCCGUAGAGGGCUCAGUUAUUCACACGGAUGGGGGAGAUCCCCACGCUGACAUGGUAGCCGAACCCUGCGAUGUGCCUGGCGUCGAACCACAUCUAAGGAAUACGAACAAUGGUCUGCCUAUUACUCAGGAUAACUUAGGGCUGACAUCGGUUACAAAUAACGUGACCAAUAGUGAUACUGGCCAUCAACACAGCAACCCAGAAAAAUGUUCCGUCUUGCUCCAAACAAGUGAAUCCUCUUACGAAGUUGUUCUUCCCACUUCUCAGUCGAAAGCAAUUCCUGCGGACAGCCUUGAUAUUUUACCAGCCCCAUCGCAUUCCUGCCUACUUGUUGAUACUGAUCUGGCGACCAAUUUCGACACUACGACCAGUGAGCCUCUACCGUACGACAUCGAGACUACUAGUGAAGUCGGUCCCAUAUCAGCACCUGCCUUCCCGGACUUUACGUCUAGCAACUCUUCCGAAAUUUCCAAGCUGAUUUCCACCUGCGCAACUGUUACUGCAAAUGGCGUUUCCAACUUGACAAUUGACAAAGUCGCUGCCGAUCUGCAGAAUAUGUCACCCUGGUUACGAGAACACUUGCGUUGCUACCAUGCACCGGGCCCGGUCACGGCCGCCAUAUUAGCACAAGUUUCCUCACCCAAUUUGCAAUCUGCGGUUUCUAUAGAUCUAACUUCGGAUGACUAAUCAAUCAUAUUUUGUUUUUCAAGCUUGUGUACAUAUGCGCUAACCGGUAUUACUCGAAAUGUGUACUUUUUACAAUCCUCCAUCUACCGACCUGUGAGCAAUUACAUCGCAACUCAUUUUGUAUAUUUGAUUCCAUCAUUGGCUUUAGGCUGAUCGCAUGGUCCUUCUUAUUUGUCUCCCGUCCGUAAGUUUGUAGAUAUCAAUGUCAAACCUUUUUUAUCAGUAUCACGGAAUAAACGAGCGGCGAUUUUUUCGCUGAGCACAAUGC